AGUAAUUAAGAUCAGGGACUUAUACAGGUUCGACCCAAUGGCCUGGUGGAGAGUACGUUCUACUCAAGCCUAAAACUGGUUGUCCAACUAAGUGGAAAGAUAGAGCCUGGAUUUUACAAGAUACCAAAAGUAAGGGGAGUAAUAGCAGAUCAAAGAUUCUCCAUAUUAAUGGUCAUGUUGCUCCUCAUUAUGUAGUAAGAUCUUUUUGCAUUAGAACAGGAACGAAAGGUUCAUCUGCAGUUUGGCCACAAGGUCAAUACUGCAUAUACGGGCCUAAAAGCUUUUCAUCAAUUAAAAUGACUGGUGAACAUACUGACAACAAAGACGCAGUAAAAUACACUAGUUCCUUCGUUGAUUAUUAUGAUGAAAUCCCCAGUAGUGGACAGAAAAAACACAUCGAAUUUCACUUUCAAUGCUACACAAGGGGGAACAAAAAGAUUCCAAUCUCGUUACCGACAACCAAACCAUUUUAUCUGCUGCCUUAUGGGUCACGUGACUGUCAACAAGUCAAAUGGAUGGUAGCAACAACUGAAUGGAUCAAGUACCRGACAGAGAACGUUAUAAAUGGAACAGUACCGGCAUAUCAACUUGAAAGUAACAAAGGAAUUACGAUGUUUUACUGCUACUAUGAAAGCUGCAACUACACUCUGACAGACAAGGAAGGUGUUUUCCAGUCCCCUGGCUUCCCUGGUAAAUACCCGGAUGGACAGCUGUGCUCGUGGAGAAUCAUAGUCCCUGUUGAUCACACUGUGCAAGUUCGCUUCACUAACUUCUCUUUAAAUGAAAACGACACUUUGACAUAUUCCAAAACCGUCAAUGGCAGUUUUAGAUCGUGGCAUACGCUUCCCUUUGAUUUAAKGGUACCGUUUACUUUGUCAGCCGAAAGUGAUGUACUGUUUGUCUUUCGUUCGGAUGAAUCGAACAACAGCUCUGGAUUCAGAGCAGAAUACCGUGUGUCCAUACCACAAGCUUUAACUACGCCUACUGAAAUACCUACAAUGUCCACCGAUACAACAACAAUGGCGUCUACAACAUCUUGGUCUGCAUCGAGCGAUUCGACCCAAUGGCCUCGUGGAGAGUACGUUCUAAUCAAGCCUAAAACUGGUUGUCCAAACAAAUGGAAAGACAAAGCCUGGAUUUUACAAGAUACCAAAAGUAAGGAGAGUAAUUACAGAUCAAAAAUUUUUCAUAUUGAUGGUUAUGUUACUCCUCGUUAUGUAGUUAGAUCUUUCUGUAUCAGAACAGGAACGCAAGGCUCAUCUGCAGUUUGGCCACAAGGUCAAUACUGCAUAUACGGGCCUAAAAGCUUUUCAUCAAUUAAAAUGACUGGUGAACAUACUGACAACAAAGACGCAGUAAAAUACACUAGUUCCUUCGUUGAUUAUUAUGAUGAAAUCCCCAGUAGUGGACAGAAAAAACACAUCGAAUUUCACUUUCAAUGCUACACAAGGGGGAACAAAAAGAUUCCAAUCUCGUUACCGACAACCAAACCAUUUUAUCUGCUGCCUUAUGGGUCACGUGACUGUCAACAAGUCAAAUGGAUGGUAGCAACAACUGAAUGGAUCAAGUACCAGACAGAGAACGUUAUAAAUGGAACAGUACCGGCAUAUCAACUCGAAAAUAACAAUGGAAUCACGAUGUUUUACUGCUACUAUGAAAGUUGUAACUACACUCUGACAGACAAGGAAGGUGUUUUCCAGUCCCCUGGCUUCCCUGGUAAAUACCCGGAUGGACAGCUGUGCUCGUGGAGGAUCAUAGUCCCUGAUAAUCACACCCUACRUGUUCRYUUCACWAACUUCUCUUUGAAUGAAAACGACASUUUGAGAUAUUCUAAAAGAAGGAAUGGCAGUUUUAAAACUUGGUAUACGAUUCCCCUUCAUUCAACGGUAUCGUUUACUUUGUCAGCCGAAAGUGAUGUACUGUUGGUCUUUCGUUCGGAUGAAUCAAACAACAGCUCUGGAUUCAGAGCAGAAUACCGUGUGUCCAUACCACAAGCUACAACUACACCAAGGGCUACGACUACACCUACCGAAACAUCUACAGCAUCUACAGCAUCUACGGCAACACCAUCAGAGACAUCUUCAAUACUGUUGACUACACCAAAAUAAAAAAGAAAAAAUCAUCGACAACCAACUCAAAAUCAACUGCAAUAACAAAAACAAAUAUAUCUACGAUAACACCACAACGGACAAUAACUACACAAGAGCCUUCAACUUCAACUAACUGCACUGCUGGUGACAGAGUCAAGGAAGCUUUAAYGAAUUCCAAUGAAUGGAAUGGAAAGCUUGUUGUCAUAGUGAUACCGCUGGCCUGUCUUUUAAUUGUCAUUCUUCUCGUCGUAGAUAUUGUGUAUCGUCGCAGAUUGAAAGCAAAAACAUCUUCAGACWGCGCAAGUGAAACAAGACAUGUGGAUCAAUUACCAUUGGUAGUGAACCCAACUUACGACCGGGGAGCUAUCCUACUGACUCAACCGAAUGACACAACAACUUUAACCACCAUAUUGGAAGUCAAUGACAAUGGCACUGGAAUGACCCAAUCUGUGUUUGAAAAACCACCCGAUUAUGAGGACGUCGACAACUGGAAACCAAAAAACCCAACUCCUAAUAUGGAUCSUGAAAUCCCAGAAUGCAAUGGUAGCAAUGCUUGUAGUGAUACCCAAGGUGGACUAUUUGAUAAGACGACCACUGAGGAAAAAAGCAAAACGAGUGAAAAUCCUUUCUAUGAAUCGGUAUUGACUUCUCCUCCGCUUGUCGAGGGGAAUGACCUUUAUGAAAGCAUCAAAAUURAUAAAGGGAAAGCAGAAUAAAGCGAAGACAGCAUCGAGCCUGAUGACKUCAGACUUCAACAGUGUUUUCUAACAACACUGCAAUGAUUYACGUUACAUACCAUUUAGAAUAGAUCGGAUUUGGUACACCUUCARUGGGUGGCUCAUUUUUGAACAAAAGGUUAACCAUGACAUGUUGAGCGGCUAUGUUUCUGCCGUAACAGAUUCCGCAUAGAYUGAGCUUACGUUUUGCGGUGACCGGAAGUAAAGCUGGCAAAAAAAUAUGAAGGUUCACUUCCGGUUGUCUCUCAUGACAAAGACAUUUUUGCAGACUACAGAAUUAUACAGAAUCAGAAUCUACAUAUAUCGACCUUGGUAAUAUCAGUAAAUUACWUAGUCUUAUGUACACGUAAAGCCAUUCAUUUUGUGAAAACAAGAUAUGAAGUCAAUAUUUUCGGCUCAAUUAUUAGGGURUCAGCGGGGUUUCUGAGCCUACUUCCCGCCAGACUGUGGUUAAGAUAAGAAUCUAUGAGACAAAAGAUCACCAUGAUCAGAAAUACAUAUGCGUGAUUUAUAUAAGAUUAAAAAGAGAUUACUAAAAGAAGAUUAAAUAUACACUAUUAAGUCUUUAUAUAUUUUCACAAGAUGAUAGUAACGAGCAGAAAAUCAUUCUUAUUCUCAAUAAAUGCGAAAUGCAACUCA